GCGUGAGACGCAACCAUGCUAAGCCGGCUCCAGGAGCUGCGCAAGGAGGAGGAGACCCUGCUGCGGCUGAAAGCUGCGCUCCACGACCAACUGAACCGCCUCAAGGUUGAAGAAUUGGCCCUCCGAUCAAUGAUCAGUUCUGCAGGAGACAAUGGGAAGGUGUCUCCUCACCCGGCACCUGAACUGUCACAGGAUGUAAGCUUCAUCAGUCACCGGGAGAGAGUGCAAAGCUUGCGCGGCUCGUUGUGGCUUUGGUCCGACAUUGUGGUGUUGGCACAUGUAGACAAUGAAGCAUCCAUCAACCAGACAGCGCUGGAGUUGCGCACGGGGAGCCAUAUGAUGGAGGAGGAGGAGGAAGAGGAGGAGGAAGAGGAGGAGGAAGAGGAGGAGGAAUCCGAUUCCUGAAGUGGGCAGGAGCCUGGGUUACAGAAAU